ACAAAUAAAAUGGCGAGCGUUUUAUUCAGAAUUUGCUGUCAUUUUUAAAUCUGCAAAAAUCAAGCUGUAUAAAUGGCGUAAUCCGCGAAUCUUGUACAUUUUGUAAAUUGUAAAUAGUUUCUUGUAUAGUUAGUGGUAAUAUUUUGUGUUGUGAAGCCGAUUCUAGUGUAUAAAUCUCAAUCGAAAAUAGUGUUUGUGUCUCCUAAGAAAAUCUUUAACAAAGCCGACGCCGACUCGUAGAACAUUAAAAAUUUCAGAAAAUACACUUUGUUGAAGCACACGGCAUUCAUCAAUUAACAACAGUGACACCAAUGAAGUGGUUGGGGAGCGGUGAAGGAGAUGCAAUUGUAAAAGCUGAAAUGGACAGAGGGCCCCAGCGCACUCAAGAUGAUGCUGCAGUUGGUUAUGUUUUCCAAAGACAACCAGAUCCAGAAUUUCCAUCAUUCGGACCAAAGCAGCUGCGUUGGGCUCUUGGAGACGACAGUAUUAUUGAUAAUCAUGACAAGUGGAAAUACCCAGUCAAUAGCAAAGUUGGAACUCCUCCCAACAGUAUGUCAUACAUUGGAGCAAGUUCAACGAUGCCUGGCCUUUAUGAUUUAGGGCAAAAUAAGUCAAUUCCUUCUGAACAUUUGGUCUAUAUGUCCAAUCAAAUUCCAGGAGGGAUGCACAUGCAUCCGCAGUAUUUGCAACAACCUCUCACGCCACAAAUGCAGAUGCGGCAAGGGCCGAUUGCUCCCGCAGCAAAAAAACUAUGGGGUCUCGAAGCAAAAGACGCAAAAUCAUUAGCAUUGAAUCACUUAAAUCACGAGCAAGUAUGGAGAGAUUCAACAUGGGCAGCACCAGAACAUGCGGUGUCGGCGUCUCUUGCCAUGGGUCGACGAGGAGGCUUCGUAGGAGGCGAUACUGGCAGCAUACUUUCGCCUCGAGGGUCCGACAACGGAGGAGGUCUCGGCGUCAAAAUGGUGGAAUAUGUGUUAGGUGGUUCACCAACUAACAAAGACAACAUUGGACUCGAACCUAGGAUGCGUGCCUUGCAUUUGGUUGAUGACAAAGAUAAAGAUAAACCACAAAGUCCGAAAGAGGAAGUCAACGGACAGACGGUUCAAAAUGGUCAAGUUUCAGAAGACGAAAAGGGUUUCAAUCGAACGCCCGGUAGCCGACAACCAUCACCGGCAGAAGAAGAGCUUACCAAAAAUGGAAUAUCGUUGGAUCCUACUGUGGUGGUUAUGAAACCGCAAGAACAAUUGCCACCACACUUACAACAUCAUCAUUUACCACCUCAUUUGGCACCUCAUUUGGGGGUGACAUUAACCGAAUCUGUUAAUCAACAAUUUGACCAUUUUGAACAACCACCGCCUGCUCCCUAUGACCAACAACCUCAUCAGUAUCCACCACCUCCACCACAACAACAUCAAGUUGACAAUGCCGUUUUACAGCAACAGCAACAUAAUUUUGAUGUGCAGCAACUCUUCCGAUCUCAACAAACCCAAGCGGCUACUCCCAAUGCCGCCCAAUUGCAGCUGUUACAACAACAACAACAGCAAUAUCUCGCCCAACAACAACAAGCGGCGUUUCCUCAACCACCAUACGUUCUUAACCAUCAGCAAGAACCCUCCUACCUCAUUACUGCCGGUGUCCCACAAUACUACGGUGUUGGUCCAUGGGUAUAUCCGGCACCGGCGAAUCUCAUCCAACAAGGAGCUAGCAACGGAGCCCGAAGACCUCUCACUCCAAAUGGCACAGCCGAAGCACAACAACAAGUACAACCACAAGUUCCUGGGGGUUACAUUGUUCCAUACUAUGAUCAAAAUACCCCAAUUCUUAUGGCACAAGGUGCGGCAAUGCGAAAUGGUACACCCAUGCGCUUGGUUAGCCCUGCUCCUGUACUUGUGCAACCUCAAACUAACCGACAAACACCGGCAGGUGCUUCCCUGUAUUCUAGUACUCCCCAGAGUUUGUAUGGUGCUAAUGUGAAUACUUCGGUUAAUGGAGGAACUUUAGGAGGUGUGGCCCAAGGUGUUGGUUCUGGGUUAUUCCCACCUCUUCAUGCAGCACCACCUUCUGCUCCAUUCGGUAGUUCUUCUCUAGGAAAUAUCGGUUCAUCUGCUACAACUACGUCGCUUCAUACAGACAACUUUGUAGGCCUGGGACUGAACACGACAUCGUCUGGUCGUCGCGACUCGUUCGACCGGAACACUUCGGCAUUCUCGCCGUCGCUGGACUACAGACAAAAAUGGCCAACAUCCUACAACAUCGGCAGCAGUCCGAGUCCCUUGACCGGAAGUCUGACACCUCCACCGUCGGCGCCUCUCCAAUUGGGUGGAUUGAUGACUUCGCGGGUUCUCUCGGCGGCACCUGGGGCCGAAGCGAAAUACCGAAAUUCUGUGGCUGCAGGACUGACAACGAAUGCGAUGUUUGGAUCGACGAAUUCGCUCUUCACAAAAAUAAAUUCAUCGUUAUCGACGGUGCCGAGUUCGUUGGAUAAGGGACAACAGGGUCGAUCACGCCUGCUUGAAGACUUUAGAAAUAACAGAUAUCCCAAUUUACAAUUGAGAGAUUUGGCCAAUCACAUUGUGGAGUUCUCACAGGACCAGCACGGGUCGCGGUUUAUCCAACAGAAAUUGGAACGAGCUUCGGCGACCGAAAAACAAAUGGUUUUCAAUGAAAUUCUAUCGGCAGCUUAUAAUCUUAUGACUGACGUCUUCGGCAAUUAUGUUAUACAAAAAUUCUUCGAAUUCGGGACCGCUGAACAGAAGACGACGUUGGCGCAGAAAGUCAGAGGUCAUGUGCUUCCAUUAGCUCUACAAAUGUACGGUUGUCGGGUCAUACAAAAGGCUCUCGAAUCGAUUCCGCCUGAACAACAGCAAGAAAUUGUGAGAGAAUUAGACGGUCAUGUUUUGAAAUGCGUCAAGGACCAAAAUGGAAAUCAUGUGGUCCAAAAGUGUAUCGAAUGUGUGGAUCCCAAUGCUUUGCAAUUUAUCAUUCAGUCGUUCUCAGGGCAAGUGUACACGUUGUCGACUCAUCCGUACGGUUGCAGAGUCAUCCAGCGCAUUUUAGAGCAUUGCACACCUGAGCAGACUGCUCCAAUUUUAGCCGAAUUACAUCAACACACCGAUCAGUUGAUCCAGGAUCAGUUUGGAAACUAUGUCAUCCAGCAUGUGUUGGAACACGGAAAGCCCGAAGAUAAGAGUCAGCUGAUUAGCAGCGUGAGAGGAAAAGUUUUAGCUUUAAGUCAACAUAAAUUUGCCAGUAACGUCGUGGAGAAGUGUGUCACUCACGCGACCCGAGCUGAGAGGGCGCUACUAAUCGAGGAAGUGUGUGGAUUUAAUGACAAUGCUCUACAUGUCAUGAUGAAAGAUCAGUAUGCGAAUUACGUGGUUCAAAAAAUGAUAGAUGUGAGUGAGCCGACACAACGAAAGGUGUUGAUGCAUAAAAUAAGACCUCAUCUUAAUUCGUUGAGGAAAUACACUUACGGCAAACAUAUUAUUGCCAAGUUGGAGAAAUAUUUCAUGAAAACUCCUGGAUCUAUGGGCUCUAUCGGAGGAGAGCUUGGUCCCAUUGGACCACCGACCAACGGAGUGCUUUAAUUUAAGCGUUGUUUUUCAUUUUAAAUAUAUUUUUAAUUUUUUGACCAAUUGUGUGUGUUACUUGAGUUUUGUUUAACACACCAACAAGGUUCCAGUAUUUUUCGUUAAUUUUUUUUUUCUCAUCGAUGGAAUUUUCAGUUCGUAAUUUUUAUUUUUGACUUUUAUUUGUAAGGUUAAUCAUAUGUUAUUGUGAAUACAUACAAAUAUCUGUAUUAUAGCUGUAAUUUAUGUAAUUUGUCUUGCAUCAAGUUUCAUCGUUUCAUUGUUUGACUUUUGUUUCACGAGCUGUAGCGAAGUCGUUCUUAAGUUUUUUUUUAUAUAUAAAUAUUUAAUUUAUUUUGCAUUUUUUACGUUCGGGAUGAGCCUGUAAAACAAAAGGCAAUCAAUUUCAUCAUGUGCAUGUUUAUUUGUGUCUGAAACAGUUAUAAUGAUAGAACAGAGUUCUGAAACGAAUCUCAAAUUUUAUUUUAAUUCAUUUCGAAAUGGAUGUCUUGUAAAAUUUCCCCUAAAAUUAAAACCGAAUAUCUGUACAUAAAAACUAAACAGUUUUUUAAAUUAUGGAAUAUUAAGUGUCCCCCAAAUUAUCCCAACAGUAUGUUAAAAAUGUGAUAAGGUCCUCAGGAAAUAGAUUUGACAUCAUUCAAGUUCAUCCAAAUCAAAAUUUUUCUAGUUCCGCACAUUACACAUUACCACAUUCAAACCUAACACAUUUGAAGCAAUUGCUUAAAUUUAUUAAAAAUUUUAGGAAAGGCCGUAUUGACUCAAUUUUUUGACGUAAAUCAAAAAACAAUUUUACAAUAUCUACAUAAGGUAGAUAAAAUACAUACAUUAUUUUUGGGCCAAUACGGCAGCUGCUAACGGCAUUUAAUACACAAAAUAUUUGCAUUUAUGGUAGUUUAGUCAUGUUUGAUGUAGUAAUUCACGAAAAACCUUAACUUGAAUAGAAAAAUCGAUUGAGUAAUACUUGACAAGUUCAAAUGUGACUCGUUUCGUUUAAAUGACUAUUGCAACUCUAGUUUCGAAUACAUUUUCUCAUAAGUAGCAUUAGUUUUGAACAGUUCAUAAUAAUGUCUAGUUAUAAAAUAGAAUUUGAAGCACGUUUCUUUUCGAUAAAAGUAUUGAAAUAUAAAAUAGUAAUUGUACAGUUUCGUAAAUUCCAUUAUAUUAAUUUUAUUGCAUUUAUGACUGUUUAUGUGUAAUUGUGUGUUUUUGAGCUAAUCUGUGUUGAAAUUAUACAAUAUUUGUAAGAGUACAUAAAACUUUUUGUAAUUUUGAAUGGUAUUAGAACAAAAACACUUCAGUCAUCUUUGGUAUGUGUACAUAGAAUACCCAUUUUGUAUUAUAUGUAAUAUAGUUUCGUUCAUAACAUUUCCAAACAGCCACACAAACGCCAUGUCGGUAACUUGUACACUUAUUAAGGAUUACUGUACACCAUCUCUCCCCUCCCGCUAGUGAUAUGUAUAUAUGUUAAUCAUUUUUAAAUUGUGUCACAUGUAUUUAUAUAGUAAAGUGUCUCAUAGUGUAAUAAUGUAAAAUAAUCCAUUUUGUACUUAGAAAUUGUUUGUAUUGUAUUUUUAUCAUAUAAAAAUCGUGUUCUACUCAUCAACUUUAUUAAUGGCAAUUUUCACUCUUUGGGUCGACAGUAUUCAGUAUUUGGUUGAAUUUUUCGAAAAUAGCGAGUGAAUUCUACAUUAAUGAAUUUGACGAGUAUUACCUAGUAUAAAAUAGAGCGGCGGGGAGGUAAGGUUAAGAUGGCCAAUUAAUUUUGGAAUGGCAAUGUGGCCUCAGACUGAUGUAAAGAUACUAAACAAGUGUAAAGUGUAAAUUCCAUUUGGUUAUCACGUUGUAAACUGUAUAAUACAUGUGUAAAAAUAUUCUGUAAAAUGAGCCGUUUGGAGUUAUGUAAUUAAAUUGUAAACUAUGUAUUCUAAAUUGGAGCGAUCUGGUUGUUUUAUUGUACUUUUGCGGCACUGAUGCCUGCUUGUAGAGUAGCUGGACGGGGAUCACUUAUGUUCACAAAAAAUAUGGCUCUCUGUGGAUCUACGGCUGUAUAUUAUAUUUAUUAUGCGAUCUGUUUAUGAAUGUGUAAAUUUAGUUUACUGAAUGCAUGUUAGUUUAGUUAGUAUAUUAAUAUGUACGAUAAUGUAUUUCGAUUUUAUUAUUUUUUACCACAGUAGUAUAAUUAAACUUUAUUGAAUCAAA